GAUAUUUGACAAUCUCCGUGAACGACAUGGAUGAAGCUAAGAGUGCCUGGUACAGGAAGGUACAGUCGCAAAUUUUCUGUGAAGAGUUGCGCAGUCUGAAGUAGACCGGAUUCGUGAAAAGCAAUAGUCGUUUGAAAACAUAUUCGCCGUUUCUGGAAAACGGAAUCAUCCGUAUGCGAGGUCGUGUGCAGGAUGAUGGAAAGUCGUUUGAAGUGAACAAUCCUGUGAUUCUUCCUGACAACCACCAGUUUUCAACUCUACUGAUUCGUAUGUACCAUAUCGCCAACGCACAUCAAGGAAUGGAAACCGUUGUUAACAAUAUCAAGGAACGGCACCGUAUCCUGAAGAUUCGCUCACAGGUAAAGAAGUACACGAUGUCCUGUGUCAAGUGUCGUGAGCUUAGAGCAAAACCGACCGUUCCGCAAAUGGGAAACCUACCACCGGAAAGAACAACCCCGUUCGUGUUCCCGUUUACAUACACGGGCAGCUGCAUAAUGGCCAUCCGCUGCUUCAUGUCCAUCCGUGGCUUACCACAGUGCAUCAUGACCGACAACGGUACCAACUUUACUGGUGCAGAUGCUGAACUGAAGAAACUGGUGAGAACUCUGGAUCAGCCGCAGAUUGAAGAUUCGCUGAGCGUCAGAGGUGUUAAGUGGAAGUUUAUUCCACCUGGUGCUCCUCAUUUCGGAGGUUGCUGGGAACGUUUAGUACGCUCUGUGAAGACUGCCCUUCGUGCAAUGUUACGGGAUAGGCACCCUACGGACUUGGUGCUGCGUACUGCUUUAUGCGAGGCAAUGAACACCGUAAACAACAGACCUUUGACACACGUUCCGGAUGACCCCCUGGACCCUGAACCGAUAACUCCAAACAUGUUGCUGCUUGGCCGAAACAAUUCAAUCCAGUUCGACCAUAAUUUUGAUGAACGAGAUCUUAACUGUCGUGCUGCCUACAAGCAUUCUCAGAUUUACGCGGAUCGUUUCUGGCGCAGGUGGAUAGCCUCGUUCCGUCCGGAGUUGAUCAGAAGCCGCAAGUGGCCGGACAGCAGGAAUUACCACGAUUAUCACGUCGGUGAUCUAGUGAUGAUAGUGGACGAAUCGCUACACCGAGGAAGCUGGCCGAAAGGAGUUGUAGAGAAGAUCUACCAAGGACCGGAUGGAAAGGUGAGAACAGUUGCAGUGCGGACAUCAAAGUCGACCUACAAAAGACCUGUAAGCAAGGUUGUGCUGCUCCAGGCAAUCAGCUCGGUUCCUGGCCCGGAGAAUGUUGCUAACACUGCCAGUCCGAACUUUUCUACUCGGGUAUCGCAGUCGUCGCGCCGUCAACCGUCAGGCCACCCCUGAGCGUAACCAUAGCAACA